UGUGGAACCGUACCACGAGUAAAAGAAGAGUUCAAAGCCUCACGAGUCUUCAUUAAGCUUUCAAGUCGCAGGAGUUGAGAUCUUCCAUGGAGAUGAGUAUUGCGAGCGUCAAAUUUCCAUUAACCUUCAGAUCUGUUCUACUGGCUGAUCCUAAGAUUAUCAUGAUAUCUACUCCGAUCUGUGUUUCCUCUCGAUCAACAACAUGCCGGAGGACUUCAGUUAUUGUCAACGGGAUGGGAGGCGGAUCGGCGAAGUAUAAAGGAACGCAGAUGAGAGAAAAGAAGCUGACGGAGUUGAUAGAGGCGAAAGUCGCGGAGGCGACGCAAGUUUGCGAAGGAGAUCGUGGUUCCGACGAGUGCAAGGUGGCGUGGGAUGAGGUGGAAGAGGUUAGUCAGGCAAAAGCUGAUCUCCGACGGAAGCUGGACGAGAACAAGGAUCCUUUGGCGUCGUUUUGCGAGGAAAAUCCUGAGACGGAUGAGUGUCGUAUCUAUGAAGACUGAAACCUACCGACGGUCGAUCGGCCAUGUCCUCCGGCAAUGUAUGUUCUGAACUUCUGAUUAUCAUGUAAUUAUAUGCUAAUAUAUAAUUAUCGUUCAAUUGUGCUACUUUUUUACGAUGUGUUUUCUGAUUUCGUGUGAUCCUGAAAAUAAUUAUCCACAAAAUUGGUUCCAAUUUUAGUUCUGAA